AGAGCACAAGGUGAUAAUUAUUGGUUUAGACAAUGCUGGGAAAACAACCAUCCUCUAUCAGUUGAAUGGAGUUCAUCUGUGCAAGGGAUGCCGCUCUUAUGCAUCAAGAACCUUUUUCAGCUUUUUCAGUGUUGUGGCAUUGGUAGUUGUCCAUAAGCUUUCCCAGGGUUUCCAAGAUGCUGCAAGUUAGGGACAGGAAGUCCUGUGUGUCACAUUAGUGCUGCUUCUUUGGAGGAGGGGGAGAGUUGUGGGAGCUAUUGAGGGGCUGUUGCAUCUUCCUGGUUCGGUCUUAACUUACUGGUCUGAUAUUCUGCUAGCCUCAUGAAUGAAGUGGUGCACACAUCCCCCACCAUUGGCAGCAAUGUAGAAGAAAUUGUUUUGCGCAAGACACACUUCCUGAUGUGGGACAUUGGUGGGCAAGAGUCCCUGAGGUCUACUUGGAACACCUACUAUUCCAACACAGAGUUCAUCAUUCUUGUGAUUGAUAGCACAGACCGAGAGAGGCUGACGGUGACAAAAGAGGAGCUGUACAAGAUGUUGGCUCAUGAGGACCUGCGCAAUGCUGCUGUGUUGAUAUUUGCCAACAAGCAGGAUGUCAAAAAUUCAAUGUCUGCCUCUGAGAUCUCCAAGUUUCUGACCCUCAGCUCCAUCAAAGACCAUCCUUGGCAUAUUCAAGGAUGCUGUGCACUCACAGGAGAAGGCCUUCCAGCUGGUUUAGAGUGGAUGACUUCUCGAGUUCAAGCUAACUGACACCAGCCAAAGCUAUGCUAAAGAAGAAAAACAGAUUUGUAUAUUUAUUUCCGUUUUACAAAUGCUCAGGACCUAUUGGACCAUGCCUGGCUUUUAUUUUCUUUCCAAAAGCCAUCAGACUUGGAUUUUAUACGUUACGUUGAGACUAUGGAAGGAGAUGUGAACUGUAGCUUCUGAGAAAGAGGUGUGUGCAGAGGUCUUCCAGACCUGUCCUGCACCGCAGAAAAGAAGAUACCGUUGAACAGCUUGGGCUUAAAAGGCUUUCUCCUGCACCUUUGCUGACAGAAUAGAAUAACAAAGCAUUCCAUAUAGCUAUAAAAGCCUUGUGAACCUAAAACCAGGUCAAGCGAAAGAUGCUGAAGGCAGAACCACAGAGCCUCCCCAAAAAGAAAGUAUUCAGCUCUGCCAUCACCGAAUCAGCAAGUGGUGGAAAAGCGGCGUCGAGGAGCGUGCCUUGAUCUUUCACUCUGGUUUCUGACAUAUUUGGGCUGCUUUCCAAACUGGAAGAUAUCCAAGAGACUUUUGGAACAAAAGAGCGUUUGAGGUUUUCCUUGUUCUCUUGGGAUUGUUCAUAUUUCUCUGUGGACAGGACAGAGUGGUCGGGAUGCUGAAUUUGCCCUUCAGUGUCCUUUUGAGCUUCACUUUUUUAAAAAAAAAGUUCUGACUUUUUAGUGACUUAACUGGUUAAUGUCAGGAGAAAAUUAAUCUCUGCCACUGCUUUGGGGAAAUUUUCUUUUGCGAUGUUCAAGACAAGACUUGUCUUUCCAUGUUAUCUGCAGGCAGCUGCAGUAUUCAGGAAAAGUAGUUUACAUCAGAGCAGCAAAAUCUCAGUAUGGAAAGAAGUUCAAUCCCUACCUCACAAGGGAAGCUUCCCUCCCUUGCUUACUAAAUGAGGCAAAUGCUUACAUUUUUUUUUUGCAAAUUUUAAGGCAAUUUGGAUGAAUUAUCUCAACCAAUUUGGGAGAGGGGGUCAGUUUGCACACUCAGCCUUAUAACCCCUGCAACACUUAUCUCCAGCCCACAUUAGCUAGCUUUUUGUGUGGGAAAUAGAUACUUUAUAGUGCCUCAGUUUCCCCAACAUUAAGACCUGUACAGGCUGUUGAACUCUAAAGGCAGAGGAAUGUUUUCAAAUAUUGCUGUGUUUGAACAAAGACAGAUUACCACCAUGUAUUUGUGUUCUCCCGUUGAGGGUUUUUUAAAAAAAUGUAAUCCAUUUGGAAUUUUUUUUAUUAGAAUGUUUCCUUAUUAAAUUAUAUUUAUUUUUCACA